GAGAAGACUUUGUGCCGCGGUAAUGCGCGCCACUCGGCGAGUGUACGGAAAUUUUCGAAAAUCAGCAGAGGUUGGCUUUUCUGAGGACUGAGGCACAGACACAACCGCACCCAGCCCGCCUUGUGUCCCGCGCGCCAGGCUCGGUCGCAUUGAGACCUCGUGUUUUUCGCGUUGGGACUUUGCAGGUGAUUUCCUCCGGCCAGCAACGAUUUCCAUGCCUUUCGUCCGGUUCUGAGAAGCGUCGCUUUGCGGAAACGUCGUUUCUUCUCCGUCCGGUGCACGCGAACAACGUGGCUGGUCACGUUCUAGAUCUAAAACAUGCCUCGUAGCCUCACUACCAAGCAGGGGAGGCGGGGACGGAGAACAAGAUUGGAAUCAGUGCGGAGACUGCCAAGGGUUUCGCCGAGAAGCUGCCGUUUGUAUUUGCGACUUUGAUCCCGGUAGUUUCGAUCCUCCAAGAGAAGACAGACAGCGAAUCUGGAGCAGUUUUCAAUGGCUGGGGCUGCCCGCGCCAGCGUUCUUUUUCCCAGGAGGCACGCGGUUUGCUGGCCAGUCGACUAGGCAGUCGCUCUGCCAGCGCCGACCACAGGGAACUCGACUUUUUGCAGAGUUCGACCGGCGGAACUCUUACUCGCCAGGACCGAACUGACUCUGCUCCUCUCAAGCGGAGCAUUAUGGAAACCGAGGAAACGCGUUUCUGUUGCAGUAACGAGCCCACCUGUUCCCGUUGCCCUUGCGCUGCAACCGAGUUACCGCAGCCGGAAACGGCUAAACGGAUACAGAGCAAUUCAUCCACAGGAAUCGGUGCUCUCACGAAGGCGCUGAUUCUUGCCGUCACUUUCCUUGCCGGCUGGCUCUGCUCACAUUUGUCCAACGAACUCUCGGAUGUACAAAGGCGCGCGCUGAGUCGCUCGGAGGCCUCGGACGAGAGCGAGAGCUCUGCUCCGUACCUCCGAGCGGCGGACCUACCGCUCGAAGCUUUUCUCCAUAGGUCUGAUUACGAGCGAGAAGAAGAUCCCUACAUCGUCACUCUGCCUUAUAUGGAACCCAGAAGACUGUCCAGUGCUGCACAGGAUGAUCCCCCAGUGGACGUGCCCCAGGCUGCACCGCUUGAAAACAAGACCGGAGAUGCUGUGAACCCCGACAGGACGCUGGCCUCCAAUGCCAGCCUGAAAAACGAGCUUUUGCCGCAGAGAAAGAAGGAGAAUAUCAAUCUUCGUGUGUUGAAUCCGCAUGUGUUUCGAGCAGAGUUGUGCCCUUUUUUGCGGGUUGGCGAUGGACAGAUCAAGUCGUGGUAUGCGUUGCUGGUGCUGUACAUCGCGGAGUGGCCCGCAUAUGCGCAAGUCGGGAACGGGGGAGAGCGCUUCACGGAUCAACUUCGAGCUUUCUCGGAGAACUUUGUCGCUCCGGAGAACACCACCCUUCAAGGCCGGGCCAUCUUCCAGGACGAAAUCGACUGCGGAACACCAAAGGUCUUCAAAGAGGGGCUGGAUGCCAUCAAAGGGGAUAUCCACAACUUCGAUGACCUCGUUCGGAUCUUGAAGAAUGUGGCCAAGAGCGAACCAGACUUCGCCAACCUCCUGGACUACACGCAGUACUUCAAGUUGCCGACAAGAGCUGCAGUCACCGGCUUUGCGAUGAUUUUGCGAACGGCGUUUGAGGGAAUGGUUUUCAGCUUCUGCAGGAGUCUCUUCCUCAAGAACACCACUAAAGGGAACUUCACGCGGAACGAGUUGUACAGCAAUGUAGUCUGGUUGUACCACCGCAACCAGACGCAGUAUUGGAUGCUGCUGCUUGUCGCGAAGAUCAUCAAGCAGAUUGUGUCAGCGAGGCCACACAAUGGAAUCAUCAUUCUGAAAAGCGUGACGACGGCUCGUCCUGGGAACACGGCUGCUGGCGAUCAUGCAGAGAAAGGACAAAUUUUAGAGACGCUUUACGGCGUUGGAGCUUACAGCACGUUGCAGCAUAUCGUUGCAGGGAAUAUCCAGAGGAAGCUUGAGAUGUCUUUGUCCCGAUUUCAGAACUUAUCGACGGAGCGGGGUAUGCUUAGUACAGCCAAAAGUGUGCUGCAACCGAAGGUCUUUGUCACUGGGUAUUACGCGAAGAAUUCUCGCGGAGCCCACGUGGAGGAGGGACUGUUCGGCAUGGAAGUGGAAGGCGACACGCUGGACGAGUUGAAAGAAGAACUUCGUCCCAGCAGCGUCCUCCUUCAGAUUUCCUUGGUAGACGAGUGGAAUUUCAAAGACACGAAAGAGUGGCCCGACCCUCGAUCGAGUGAAAUCGGUGUGUUGACUGCGUACACAGCAGUACAGAUCCUGCGCGCAGAGCUGGAGUGGGAUCCUUCCUUGGGCUCUCUCGGCGCCUUCUCUGUCGCAUACACGGGAUUCACCGACAUGUACAGUCGCCAGCGGUCAGACCCAGAGAAUCACUUCGACCCGGACGUGCACCUUUUGGUUGUUGACGAAAUUUCUCGUUUCAGUAAAACAGGUGCCGAGGAGGGGUGUAAAACGAAGAUCGGCAAUUUGAUCGCAGAGGAACCUUUGCAGAUCAAAAGGGUCUUUGAUCGGGAUCGAAUUUCGAUCAAGGGAACCGCCAAAAUCCUCCCCGGAAGCGACGUCUUCAUGAGAGGCAACUUCGGUCUUGGACUUUCUCUCGAGCUUCAGCAUGAGGCAGAAAAACUCCUCAGCCCAGGCGCUAUCAUGAUCCACGUGUAUAUCAAAGGUCUAGGAAAGAUGACAUCGGAAACAAACGAUCUUGACAUCACGGCGAGUGAGAUGGUGAACCGACUUCUGCUGCGGUCGCGAGGGUACUACGAGAUUCCGGUUGUCAAAACGGUCACGGUCACUAGUCUCCAGACAGUGGAGGCGCGAACAGUUGUCAACUGCAGCAACAAGGUCCCAGAAUGGGUCGUGGUGGUUUCGUCGUGCAGCAUCGCGGUGUUCUUCAUCGUCAUCAUAGGCCUGCUCAUGUACCACGACAAGCUUAAGUUGCCGUGGUGGCUGAACUGCAUAUGCAGCAGCAGCUCGCCGUGGGGGGGCGACGCAGGAGGCGUCAGUAGAGAUCCAACGGCAGUGGAGCUUCCUGGGGAGUACGACAAGGCAAGCCUCCCAGAAGUGACAACGAUGGACGGGUCGGGCGAAGGAACCGGUUACGAUGAAAUGGACGGUCGCGGCUGGCUGCCAGCGACGGCAAAAUGGGUUGGUGACAAAAGCCUCUCGGUGCAUAAAAGCACGUCAAGUGCCGAAGCGCAGAGACGGGUCUCAGGCGGUCCAUCGUCUAGGGCUUCGUUCGCUUGCAUGCACUCCGAGGUGCGGCCCGUAGGUGACCGGCUUUUUUUGAGACCGGAAAACGUGAUUCAGAUGCACUCGCAUCAUCCGGGUGUCUCCCGAAAGACGACCCCUAUAGAUGAUAAUCCACAGUGAGAAGCGGUUAACAGACGGGAAAAACCGGAAGGUUCUUCUGUAUAGUUAUGGAGGAAUCACUCCGGGCAAGACUCAAUUUCACAGGUCACUCGAAAGCGCAGCGAUGAGACCGGACAAAAACCGUACACUCGGAAGGGGACCUUUCAACAAAUAAGGGCCAAGACUGUUACGGCUAGCCGCACGAAAGCUGGGGAAGUCUCAACGUCCGUUCGCAAAACUGCCGCACACGCUGGGAUUUCGUCAGAAGCUUUUCGGAAAAACGAGGUCCGAGAGAACACACCUCAAAGGAUUGACAAUCUCUACGGGCUUUGUUUUCGAGAGGGGAAGAAACAUUUUUCCGAGAUGGCGGUUGACAGUUUCAGGCUUGUUCGUACCCAUCAUUUGGUCACAAUGCAUUCGUCUGAUGUUCCGCUUAGUCGAAUCAUCGCACGUAACAACAGAUUUCGGGCAGAUCACCCUCGGCGGCGGCUACAGCUUCCUGACAGCAACUCUGCAAUCAGUGUGUUUGCAUGGGACCAGUUGAGAUACGUUUCAGGACGGCUGGCCCUGGACAAAUGCUUCGCCGCCGCCCACUUUGCCUCAAAGUGUUUUCGUGCCGAGUGGUGAUAGGAACUGUGCCUGCGUCUGCUCAGAAGUCAAUGACUCGGUUUCCGUGUUGAAUGCCAGGUUCCCUGUCAGCAGACGUCCCAGAUUACCAUUACCGGUAUUGCCGUUGUCUUUCGUUUCAGACGACGUGUGUUACCUUUUCGUUCACGUUCCGUGGUUCAUGUCUUUCGCCUGCUUUUUCCAUACAAGGGAAUGCUAGGCCCCAACCAGGGAGUUUCGUCGGCUGUUUCUUGCAGACAAGGCUGGGAAACUGUUGUAGUGGCCGAUUGGUGUAGUGUGUGUUUCGGGCACUUUCCUAGCAUAUAUAUAUAUAUAUAUAUAUAUAUAUAUAUAUAUAUAUAUAUAUGCAUUCACACACGCACAGGAGAGUGUGGGGGUUGUUGCGCGACGCAUCAUCUCCCUGUAACGCACAGAACCAUGGCAAGAUGCGAGGAAAUGAUUGACUCGCGUUUACUGCAUAUGCCUCGCUCGUUCAUGCCGUGUAACAGGUUUGCGCUGGUUCGAUGUGGUUGAAUGCUGCCCUUCAGUCAAACAAGAGACGGAUGUGUUAAACUGGGUUAGACCAGGACAGUCGCCGUGGUCACGUUGUGACGUAUUUGUUCGACUACAAGCAUACCGUAUCCUCUUUACCGAAGAACAUUUAUUUUGAUAUCUGUCUUUGAAGAACAAUGUAUUGAAUCACGUUUGAAUCCGAAACGACUUGUUUAUUCCUCCAGCCGUUUCUGCUCAAAACAGAACACGUCACGUAGCACAGACGCCCGCGUUCUCUCACUGUCAGCCGUUUCGAUGCACUGCGUUUCGCUCAGAAAAGAACACAAAAACACGCACCUUGGUCAUAGAAAACUGGCCAAAGCGCCACUGUCCCCAACCCACACGUAGGCGGCCUACUGGUGAAACACUACAUCUGUGCGCGUCGACAGCACACUGUGCGAUGCGAGUAAGCAAACACUCGACGUCAGUUAUUGCAGCUUCUAUGUUCUUUCUCCUUCAAUCAGAACAUCACACAGACUGUUUUUCCUAGAUUCGAAGGGUGCCAGACUAGACGGCUGGUGUGAACUGACACACUGGAUGUGGCCGUGUCACUAAAAGCGUCAUUUUCUAUAAUCACCCUUGUCAAGAAUAAGAGGGCAAACAGAGGAUCGUGCCUCAGUGACUUGAAAGGCACUUUUGAGUGAAGCGGCA